GUUGCCUCAGGUUUCCCAUCCUCACCUCAGCAAGUCUCGGCUUCUUCUUGCAAAAGAAGCAAAAUAUUGAUUUGGGCCAUCACCUCCCUCUUUCUGGCCUAAUUGUCGUACUUACAACGCAUCACAAACCAACGACGAUCUGACCCAUCCUUUGAGUGAUCAGGAUCUGGGCCGGCCUCAUCACUAGGUACCUUAGCUGACCCACAGGAGCUUUGCCUCCUCCCUUUGGUUAACGCCUUUCUCCUUCUAAUUUUGCCCGUCUCACCCAGCCUUUCAGGAUCCCAUCCUGUCUAACCGCUGAAGCCGCGUUGCCUGCAUUUUUUUUUUUUUUGUUACUUACCGUACUCAUUAGCGGGAGUCGGCUCUCUUUGUUCUCAAUCCACUUCCGGCUUUCAGAUCAGGGUACGGCGGAAUCCAAGAACGUCUGCUCUGUUGUGUGACCACUUUUUUACACCUUCUCGUUUCCACUCGCACGCUCGUUACAAGCUCAGAUACCCAAGAUCAACACAUCGCAAUGGCGUAUAGAGGCGCUGGAGGGCCGGGAGGCGGCCGUGACUAUGAUGGUCACAACAUGCAAGACCUCAACCCUCACAGCCAGUAUUCCAACGUCCAACUACCUCCUGGACACGAGCAAGAGGACGAGGCACACAGGUCUCUUCUGACCCAAGGCACAACGCUCUACGAUCACGACCGACUCGGCGCCCACACUCCUCCAGUGCGGCCCGUCUCGGCCUACAGUCUUACAGAGUCGUACGCCCCGAACGCUCCUACCACCGUCCAUGGCUCUGCUGUCGGCGCUUCUCCCUCGCCAUUCCAGAAUGACUAUGGUGUUUCGUCGGGUUACCAGGGCGCAAUGGGCGGCCACCCGGACGACGGCUUCGGAAUUGGCGGAGCCCCCCAGGAAAGUCACCCUUACGAUCCCGAGGACAGCUGGGUGCAGCGCCAGAACCCCAACGCCGCUCCCCAGGGUGGCGGCCUGAAGCGUUAUGCCACCAGGAAGGUUAAGCUGGUGCAGGGCUCAGUCCUGAGCAUCGACUACAACGUUCCCAGUGCCAUCAGGAACGCCGUGCAGCCCAAGUAUCGUGAGCAGGAGGGCACAAACGAGGAGUUCAUCAAGAUGCGAUACACCGCAGCCACCUGUGAUCCCAACGACUUUACCCUGAAGAACGGUUACGAUUUGCGUCCCCGCAUGUAUAACAGGCACACGGAGCUUCUGAUCGCCAUCACCUACUACAACGAAGACAAGGUGCUGCUGUCUCGUACCCUGCACGGUGUCAUGCAGAACAUCAGGGACAUUGUGAACCUGAAGAAGUCGACCUUCUGGAACAAGGGCGGCCCGGCUUGGCAGAAGAUUGUUGUUUGCUUGGUUUUCGAUGGUAUCGAGAAGACCGACAAGAACGUCCUGGAUGUCCUCGCAACCAUUGGUAUCUACCAGGAUGGUGUCGUCAAGAAGGACGUUCACGGCCAGGAGACGGUGGCCCACAUUUUCGAGUACACUACUCAACUGUCUGUCACCCCGAGCCAGCAGCUCAUCCGGGCCCAGGACGACGGCCCGAACACUCUGCCGCCCGUCCAGUUCAUCUUCUGUCUCAAGGCAAAGAACAGCAAGAAGAUCAACUCUCACCGUUGGCUUUUCAACGCUUUCGGCCGUAUCCUGAACCCUGAAGUCUGCAUUCUUCUGGAUGCCGGUACUAAGCCCAGCUCAAGGUCUCUUCUCGGUCUCUGGGAGGGUUUCUACAACGACAAGGACCUUGGUGGUGCCUGUGGUGAAAUCCACGCUAUGUUAGGCAAGGGCGGCAGGAAGCUGCUCAACCCCCUCGUCGCCGUGCAGAACUUCGAGUACAAGAUCUCGAACAUUCUUGACAAGCCUCUGGAGAGUGCCUUCGGAUACGUUAGUGUGUUGCCCGGUGCUUUCUCGGCAUACCGCUUCCGUGCCAUCAUGGGACGUCCCUUGGAGCAAUACUUCCAUGGUGAUCACACACUGUCCAAGAUUUUGGGUAAGAAAGGUAUCGAAGGUAUGAACAUUUUCAAGAAGAACAUGUUCUUGGCCGAGGAUCGUAUUCUGUGCUUCGAGCUUGUCGCCAAGGCCGGCCAGAAAUGGCACUUGAGCUACAUCAAAGCUGCCAAGGGAGAGACCGAUGUUCCUGAAGGUGCAGCCGAGUUUAUCAGCCAGCGUCGUCGUUGGUUGAACGGUUCUUUUGCCGCCACCUUGUACUCCCUGAUGCACUUCGGAAGGAUGUACAAGAGCGGCCACAACAUCAUCCGCAUGUUUUUCUUCCACGUCCAGCUCAUCUACAACAUCCUCAACGUCAUCUUCACCUGGUUCUCUCUCGCAUCUUACUGGCUUACCACCACGGUCAUCAUGGAUCUCGUCGGAAACCCCCAAACUGGACAGAACGCUCGUGCAGGCUGGCCUUUUGGUAACACCGUAACGCCACUGUUCAACGCCGUUCUCAAGUACAUCUACCUGGCCUUUGUUAUCCUGCAGUUUAUUCUGGCCUUGGGUAACAGACCAAAGGGAUCCAAGUACACCUACGUCACCUCAUUCUUCGUAUUCUCGGUCAUCCAGGCUUAUAUCCUGGUUUUGUCUGGAUACCUGGUCGUCCAGGCCUUCCAGACACCUAUCGGCGACCAGAUUAAGACCGACACGGCUAAAGAUUUCAUGGAUAGUAUCUUCGGAAAGAGCGGAGCGGCCGGUGUCAUUUUGCUUGCCCUGAUCGCCAUCUACGGUAUCUACUUCAUCGCCUCGUUCAUGUACCUGGACCCGUGGCACAUGUUCCACUCGUUCCCCUACUACAUGCUGCUCAUGUCGACCUACAUCAACAUUCUCAUGGUGUACGCCUUCAACAACUGGCAUGAUGUUUCUUGGGGUACCAAAGGAUCCGAUAGUAAUGAAGCGUUACCUUCAGCCAAUAUUACGAAAGGCGAAAAGGACGAAGUGGUCGUGGAGGAAAUUGACAAGCCUCAGGAGGAUAUCGACAGCCAGUUCGAGGCAACUGUCCGCCGUGCUCUGGCACCUUACAAUGACGAGGAGAAGCCCGAGCCCAAGGAUCUCGAGGACUCUUACAAGUCUUUCCGUACUAUGCUGGUCGUUCUCUGGCUCUUCUCCAACUGUCUAUUGGCUGUUGCGAUUACUAGCGACAAUUUCGACACUCUGACAAAGAACCAAAACACGGCCAGAACUGCCUCUUUCUUCCAGUUCUUGCUGUUCUCGACCGCUUUCCUCUCUUUGAUCCGUUUCAUCGGAUUCCUCUGGUUCUUGGGCAAGACUGGUAUAAUGUGCUGCAUUGCCCGUCGCUAAGCGACAGCCGAGUACGAGAGAGUCGCGGCAACUUCACGACUUAUGACACAAGCAUGGUGAUAUUUCAUCAAGGUCGAGCACGAAGCUUGCAAAAGAUCGGAUCGCCCAUGUGUGCAUUUUCACACAUAAAACAACAGCCCCAUUGAACUACCGAGGGCCAGGAUAGUCCAGAAAUGUUUUGACACAAUAAUGACCAAGGCUUGAUGGGGAUGUAUCAAGAAAACAACAAAAAGGGGUUUCUGUACAUGAUUGUUUGGAUUCGUGCUGCUAAUUUCUUGACUCUUUUUCGCCUCGUGUGGCUUCUUGUCUUGUCUAUUUGUUAUAUGUGGAAGCCAGGAGGCGAUAGCCACAAAUCUACACACAGCCCGAUGUUCGCAUUUCAUUUCCCCCGAGGCCAAAUCACUGGAUGAAUGGUCAGCCAUGGUUUAGACGGGGGGAAAGAUUGGCACAAAGAAAUUACAUGGCGUUGGCCUUUUUUACGGCUUUAGUUGUAUUACAUGAAAGCUUUAGUGUUUUGAAUGAACUUAAUCUAUGACUA